AUGGAUUCUCAGAUUAAGCACGCCGUGGUGGUGAAGGUGAUGGGACGUACGGGGUCAAGGGGUCAGGUGACUCAGGUUCGAGUCAAGUUCACUGACUCUGAUCGUUUCAUUAUGCGAAAUGUUAAAGGGCCUGUGAGGGAGGGAGACAUCCUCACCUUGCUCGAGUCCGAGAGAGAGGCCAGGAGACUUCGUUGAUUCACCUGCAAGAACACAGAGCAAUGUCUGCUUAGUUCCUUUUUUUUUUUGCUUCUUGUGUCUGGAUUAGUGAUUAUGCACUUUUGGAUUGUGUUUGGUUGUUGCUAUAAGACAAUUCCUGGAUUGAUAUUUGUUCUGGUUUUUUGAGGGUCUUCAGAGUUUAUUGUUUCAUCUUCA